GCUCAGCGCCUUGGCCUCUGGCAGGUGCUUCCCCUUGAGUGGCGGAGCCAGAGCGCCAGCGCUGAGGUCAGAGGGUCGGGCAGGUUUUAUUUUGGGUGUCAGCGGCCUCCCCUUAGGCGACGGGCCUGCGGCACAGCAGGGCAGCACCAGCGGGUAUUGCCGGACGGGCAGGCGGCCGGCCACCGGGGGCCUACGGCAGCUGCUGUCCCGUCCUGCUCUGGGAAGGGAGAAGGCACUGUGUCCCCGACACCGCCGCAGAGGUGGGCCAGCGUGAGAAAGAGCGCAGCAAUGCUCGUCAAGGCGACUCCCACACCCCCCAACUCGGAUGGCCUAUGCCCCCAGGGGCCGCCAGGACCCCCGCCACCCCUGCUCCCGAAGCCUGGGAGGGACAACCUGCGUCUGCAGAGGCUGCUGCGGAAGGCGGCCCAGAGGAAGACCGCCGGGGCCGGGCCCUCGGCCCCGCUGGGGACUUUCCGCGCCUCCCUGUCCCCGGUGAGUGAGGCCAGCCACGACCAGGAGCCCCCAGCCCGGGGCCCAGCCGAGGCCCCUCGUGUGGUGGCCACCCUCUCCCACACCCCUGUCAUCCGCCACGUGGCGUCACCGCUACAGAAGUCCACACUCUCCUUCAGCUUCACCCAGCACAGGAGCCUGGCCACGCACUCUGUGACCCUGGGGCUCCAGCACUCGGAGACCCCGGCCCCAGAGCCCACCUGGGCCCCCAGUGGCUUCGCCCAGGUCUCAGCCUCCGCGGCUGGGGCCACUCACUCCAGCCAGGCACAGGUCCCUCUGGGGCCGUCCCCACAGGCUGGGACCCCUGAGCUCCCCCAGAGGGGCCCAGAUGGGGGGCCUGGAGCGCAGCCCUCCAUCCCAGUGGCCCAUAUCCGCCCCCUUCUUACUGGGACCCAGGAUGGCAGGCCCUGGCCUGAGGCGCCCCCGGUGCCCAGGCUACCCCCUGGCUCCCACCAGCCUUCGGGACACAGAGAGGCCAGGCCCCGGGUGGUCGUACCCAUUGCCCCCACCUGUCGCUCUCCGGGACCCUCGCCUCACAGGCCGGCCCCUGCAGGCCCCGAAGCCGAGCGCCUGGAGGAGCCCCCCAUGGCUGGCCCUGCUUCGGGGGCUGAGCAGGUCUCUAGCCUUCCAGGGGCCUUGCCCCCCGCCUCACCGUCAGAGCCCAGCGCCUGCCCCGGCCCCAAAGCUGCAUCCAAGCCCCGGCUCAGUGGCUGGAUGCGCCUGAAGAAGCAGCUGAUGGACGAGGCGAGUGAGCUGCCACUUCCGGGGCCGGAGCAGAGCCCCGAGCGGACGGAGCAGGGGGUGCUGGCCCCUGCCACGCCGGCACCCCAGCAGCCUCCCGAACCGGCCCCCCGACCCCCCGCCUCCAGGGCCUCUGGGCUGUGGGACGCCGUGCUGCACCGCAUGGCGGUGGCCGAGUCUCGGAGGAGCCCGGUGGGGCCCAGGGAUGGGGCGUGCGCCUGGCCUGGCCUUGGCCGCCUGCCCUACCUGUGCCGGCCUCGAUUUAACGCCCGGAAGCUGCAGGAGGCGGCCACCCGGCCCCCUCCCACGACCCCCUCAGUGGUCCUGGAGCGGAGGCCCCAGCCCAGGAACUUCAACCGCACGGCGGCUGGAUGGAGGCUCCAAUGAAUGGCAGUGGGGGCAGCCCCAGGCUUGGGACCAGGGGUCGGGCAGGAGCCGCAGCCACGGAAGAGCAGAGCAGGGCCCAGUGGACCUGGGAGGGGCCCGUGGAGGCCAAAGGAGCCUGGCAGUGGUCAGGCCGUUGGGAGCAACAGGUCGGCGCCCAGGAGCGCGAGGACCAGGGGAGUUGGGGUGAGGCUGGAGCAGGUGGACCAGGGAAGAGGCUGCUUCUGUGUUUGGGGGGCAGGGUAUGGGGGCGCACGGUAGGAAGGGAAGUGCCCAGGCCCACUGUGAGGCCCGGCACUGGCAGGGCUGACCUCCCACUGGCGCCCGCCGGGUGCCCAGGGAGGCCUGGGGGCUGGAGUGAGGGAGGGCCCGGCUCAGCCCCCGGACGCCGUGGGCGGCAGACGCUGCGGCAAUGGGAGAGGGACGUGGAGGUCACUGGGGAGACCCCGGGCCACAGCCCUGGACAGGACUCAGGAGGGGAAGCAGAGUGGAAGGGGGCUGGCCGCCCCGCCCGCCCCGGGACACAGCGGGUUGUUGC